GUGAGGAACAAAGUCUCUUUUAAGCAAUCAUUACUUAUCUGUCUGUGUACCAGUUCACAAGUUCACUCUUACUUAACGUUAGUUUAUUUAGCCUUGAAGAUUUAGGUACUGUCGACAACCGAGUUACAACGUCAUUCAACAGAAAUGGCAGAUCUCCGUGCUUUGCUGCAUCUUGUAGCAGCUCUCCAUUUUUACUAUAGCAUCUAUAGUUUCACUUGUAUCAAAUUUCCGCCGGAUAUGUUACCGUUCGGGGUGAACUUCGGUGGAAUAUGGAAAUAUCUAACUAUUUGGAAUGCGGCUCUUCAGGCUGUCUAUUUCACCGUUGCAUUAAUGAAUGAUUUUAUAGGCACUAAUGAGAUUAUGCCACGAGUGAAACCAACCAGCAGAAAGUUGAAAGAUUACCUCUUCGCGGCAUUUCUGUUUCCAGGGUCUCUGGUCGUAGCCAUAACGUUUUGGGCUGUGAUGUACAUAGACCGUGAGCUUAUGAUGCCUAAAGCACUGGAUCCAAUCUUUCCAAGUUGGCUCAGUCACGCAUUACAUACGAAUAUUGUCCUAUUCAUGCUGUUGGAAAUAUAUACUAGUUUCCGGCAAUAUCCAUCUCGUAAAGCUGGUCUUACCGGAAUACUUUUGUUCGGUGUCAGUUAUCUUGUAUGGCUGCACGUCAUACGUCAGUACGGUGGUGUUUGGGUCUAUGGAGUGGUGGAAGUACUUAACCUACCGUUGCGAAUUGUGUUCUUUGCCAUUAUUUUAGGACUUGCAGUUGGAUUGUAUCUUUUCGGAGAGCUGCUAAACAAAGGAAUUUGGAUCCGGGAGUAUUGGACACUGCGAUCCUCUACUAAGAAAUCGAAAUAAAUGAUCCAAAUUUUUAGCAGAUAGAUUCCUGUAUACUGUGACAUACAUUCUAGUAAAAAGCAAAAAGAACGAUUAUCCAUCAGUUUCAGUAUUGCUUAAAGGGAGCUUCUUCUAUAAACGAGGGUUUUCGCUACUCGAUUUCGAGUGUGGAUUAAAAAAAAUUAUACGUUGCCUAAUUUAGAAACGUUAAGUAGAUUUUUUUUAUUAAAAACUGCCACUAUGUAAAUUUCAUGUGCAAAAAAUCAAGGUAUUCCUCCUAACUCAAGUCAUUCCUUCCAACUGGUGACUCGUGCACACGACAACUAAAGAACAGCUUGAUACAUUUCGAAGGUUUUUUAUCUGAUU